UUCAUACAGUUCCAACUUGGAUCAGUCAGGACAACCUGUGAUUAUAUGAACUCGAGAUAGCUUAAUAUUUCAGGCAAGAAGAAAUUUUAACACUGAUCAAAAUUUUUAUUUCAACAUUGAUCAGAGCCUUUUUAAAUACUGAGAAAAAUCAACGACGCGCAGAUUCAUUCGAACAGACCACACAGCACUCGUCUGACCAUGCAAGCCUUUAGACAUUGCAGUUUGUGCGUAAGUGGGGGCUUCCUACAGAGUCGGACCGACUUCCUCCUUCUCCGCUCAAACAUGGCUGCACUACGGCGUGGAGUUGCGUACUUAAGUUUACUGAGAAACACGGCCAGUGUGCUCUGCAAUAGAAAAUCGACUAAGCAGCUGCUUCGCGUUCCCGAAACCGCCAGGACGAGAAUAGUGUCGCUGAGCGUUGGCAGUGCUCUAUGUUCUGUGCCUCUCACGCAGCCAGUGGAAAACCUCUCCCAUGAAUCCUUGAUUCGGAGAGCGUCCUGCUUGGUUACAGACAGCGCCAACACUUUCCUCUCCCAGACCACGCUGGCUCUUGUGGAUGCCCUCACACAGUAUGCCAAAGCUCUGCACACACUUAUUGCUCUCCAGAAGCGUUAUUUGGGCUCAAUUGGAAAACUGACUCCAGCUGAAGAAGACAGUAUUUGGCAAGUGAUCAUUGGCCAGCGUGCAGAGGUGGGUGAUAGGCUGGAUGAAUGCAAUCGUUUUGAGUUAAACUGGAUGAAUGCCAUCACUGUCUGUGAGCGUUCAGCUGAAGCAGCUUACAGUGCAGGAGCAGAACAUGCAUUCACAUCGAUAAAGACAAACCUCCAAGUGGCCCAGGCUCACGUGGAGGAGGCAAAGCAACUUGUAAAAGACGCGGAGAGGAAACUCGCCGAGACCAAAGCCGAGGAGAUCCAGAGGAUGGCAGAAUACGCCUCCACCGUCGACAUAACCGCAGACGAUAUUCCCGAGGCCUACUUAAGAGAAGACUAAGCCUCCCCCCCCCCCCCCCCCACGUUAUAGGAAAAGCUUCAGAGAAUCAGACCGAGUCCUCAAAGAAGUAAAUGAGAUUGAAUGUGCCAGGGACGUUCCUGAUCUGUAGGAUAUGGCGGGUCUUUUUUGAAAUGUAAUGUAGUGUUCCACUCUGCGGUCAUGCAUGAAAACAUCCGGUUAAUGUUUUGAUCUGUUUUGAUCCUGGGUUGUAAAGGAAAGAUUUUCUUUUGUAGUUUUGAAAGUUUGUGUACAUAUUCCUGACCAAGGAAUUAUAUUUAACAUUCAUUUUGAUUUGGUAAAUCUUUGAAAUCCCCUUAGGAUCUUACAGCCUUAAAGUUAAAAAAAAAAAAAAAUCCAUAUUUAUGUGAUAACUAUGACAGAAAAUCAGCCUAUAUGAUGGUAGUGUCUUUAAAUCUUAUUUCUGCUGGUAAGUAAAUAAGUAUUGUAUUUACAGAUAAUGCUUGCAUCACAGAUGUACAAAAAACUGGAUGACCUGCCAGAAAGUGACAGCAUGUUUUCUUUGUCAAUUUCUCUUGUUCAAGUUACUGUGUGACUGUGUUAAAUAUCAUAAAUGCAUGAAUAAUUUUUUAUCAUAUUAAAUAAAGAAUAUUUUUCUA